UCAUGGACUUUGUGAAGUGGAAUUCAUUGGAGAUACUACUUAUAAAGGAAAAAAGAUUUAUUUCUGUUCCGAUGCAUGCGAAAAAGAUUUUCAUGAAUUUAGAUUUAUUAGUAAUCAAGAAAUUAAUUGGUUAAAAAAGUCGUUGGCUCAAUGGAAUUGUGAUAAUAAUUUUCGCUUAACUUUGUCCGGAAUAUCUCGUCUAGUUAUGCUGGACCGCUACUCUCAAAAAGAUAAAGAACGAAAAACUUUACAAAUAGGAGAUAUAGUUCUGACCGUCAUUAAACCGGACCCAAAAUUCCCCAGCCGAGAAAUUGAAGAAGAAUUUGCCGCCAAUAUUGACCCCGAUUUGCUCUAUCAAGGCCACCCACGACAAAUAAUCAAGCCCGAUUUUGCUGAAAAGUUGCGAGAAAAAUAUUUUCACGCCUUCUACGAACAAAUAAAAAAUUUCAAAAUUGUGCCGGCUGGUCGGAUACUCCACGGCGCCGGCAGUCAAAAUAAAGUUACUUAUUUUAAUUGCUAUGUCAUGCCUUACAUUCCCGAUUCACGCAAGGGAAUUGCCCGCCACCGGGAAGAAGUAAUGGAAAUUAUGUCCCGAGGAGGUGGUGUUGGCAGUAAUGGAAGCACUUUACGACCCAAAGGGGCACUAGUUCAAGGCGUAGGAGAACAGCCAACUAACCCAAAAAACACCCCUAUUAUUCCCCCUCAAACCAUCCAAGAACAUUAUAACAAUGAUAAAGACAAAUCCACCAUUGAAAACAAUUCUAAUUCAACCCCAGAACAAAAAGAACAAUCCAAAGAAUUAUUGAGAUUAAUCAUUGAAGCCGAACUCCUAAUCAAAGAUAACCAAUUCAAUGGUGAAACUUUAUCUAAACUACUUAAAGAAAAAGAACAAAAUACUGAGGCUUAUCAAUUAUUAAAAGAAAGAAUAGAACAAGUUAUUAAUGAAUUAACUAAUCUACAACAGAAGCAAAAUAAGAAUAAUGAGUCAGUAGUAAACAACAAUAAAUCCGAUAUUAGUCCAAUCAAAAUCUUUACCAUUAUAGGAAUAAUUGGA